AAUAGCAGCGCCCCAGCGCAGCGUCUGGUCUCUGGGCGCCGCCCCACGACCACCUCCACGGCAUCCCCCUUCCCGCGACCGCCGCCACCGCCGCCACUAACACCACUCGACUCCAGUCCUCCGGCUCCACGUCGCCGCUGUUCCCCGGCCCACCCUCAGUCGCCGCCGCCUCCUCCCGGUCCCCCGAGCCGAGCAGACUGCACGCCUCGUUCCUCACCUUGGUCGUGCUCAGCUGCUGCUUCCGCCACCAAUGGCCGCCGCCGCGUCGGCGAAGCAGGUCACCAGGAGGAAUUUCCCGGAGGCUCUGCGGGAGCUGGCGGCUCACGUGAAGGAGUGCGACUACGUGGCUAUCGCGGCGGUAAAGACGGGCGCCCCCACCGGGUGGCGACGCGCGCUGCCGGUCGACACGGUGGAGACGGCGUACCUCAAGGCCAAAUUCGCCUCCGAGUCCUUCCAGCCUCUCCACAUAGCCGUCUGCCCGUUCCGCCUGGGCUCUGCCUCCGGCUCCGACGUUGUCGCCUACCCGUACAAUUUCCACUUGUUUCCCAGAGAUGAACUACAGCUUGGAAUGCCUUCUUAUAGUUUCUCCUGCCAAUCAUCUUACUUUUCAUCGAUGGCUCGUGAUGGUUUUGAUUUUAAUAUGUGCAUUUAUGAUGGUAUAUCUUAUCUAUCAAGGGUGCAAGAAUCCUUGGCUAGGAAAAAGACUUUCACCCCUCAUCUUCAGCAGCCAUCUCCAUCAGCAAGUGCAUCCGUUGCUGAUUCAGUUUUUACAACUAGAAUUAAGUCGAGAAUUCAGCAUUGGCGUAAAGGAUGUGCAGAACCCAGUAAAACAGCUGAUGGAUCUUUAGUUAGUUCUCUCAGGAAACUAAUCAUGGGCAGUGAAUCAUAUGGUUCAAGGCCCAGUAUGACCAUCGAUGUUUGCAGUGAUCGCCAAGUUCAACUUGUUUUGGAGACAGUAAAUGGUACCUCUGGUGAUCUUGUACCUCUUGUUGUUCCGGAUAAAGGUGGGGUGCCUAGGGCUGUGCGUGUGAUCUUUACUAGUUCUGCAGAGGAUAAAAAUCUUCUCCUGAUGGACAUAAAAAAAUUGGAAGAUGAGCAGAAUUUGAAGUUUCGCGGAUUUCGGGAAGUUAUUGAUCUAGUAGCAUCUUCAGAGAAACCAAUCAUAUCAUACAAUUGCUUGAAUGACCUAACAAUGAUGCACACACAAUUUAUUGCGCCUCUUCCGCCGAACCUGCAUGAAUUUAUGUGUUCUUCGAGGCUGGUUUUCUCUAGUGUUGUUGAUAUUGGCCACUUGUGGCGAGAAAUUAGCCCUUUGAGAAAAGCGAAGAAUAUACAAGCGGCUCUGAGUUACUUACAGAGACAGUACUUUGUGCCAAUGGAAAUAGAAAUACCACUGCAAGAUGGUACCAAGGGUGUCACAAAAAGUGGAGAAAAUGUUCUGAGAAUAACAAAAUUAUUUGCUAAGCUAAGCAAGUUACUUAAAAUCACUCCCAAGUGUCAAUCUCAGUCUGGUGAGCAACAUUACACAGUUGAAGAUCACCGUAACAUUCUUUAUCCCGGUUGCAUGGUGGAAGAAUCUGAUGGUGUUGACUGCACUAAUGAUAAUGAGUCAGAUACCACAAGGACAGUGAGCACCCAGAGUGUUGUUUUCUUGUGGGGCUUUAGGGAGACAUCUGCAGAAGAGCUGAGAUCACGCCUUGCAAGAUUGCAUCAUGUCUUCUCAAAGGAUUUUGAUCUAAGAUUGUUGGAUAAGACAUGCUCAGCUUUGAUAUUUCGUAGUUCUGAUGCUGCAAGUGAAUUACUAAGAGACAUAAGCUUGGAGAGUCCCUCACUAAAUAAUUUCUUCUCAGAAGGUCUGAAAGCUGCAGGUUUUGAUGUCUACAGGAAGGCUUGCAGUUCAGGGCUUUGGGAUUCAGAUUUAGCUGAGGCCCUGGAGAGCGCUUCAUUGGAGCCAGCUACUUCAACAAUUUCUGAGCAUGGUAGCUCUGAGAUAUACUGGAAUAGUUCAUUGAAGCUGGAUCUAAAGGAGUAUCUGGAAUGCUAGAACAUCAUGUUAGCCUUCUGCUCAGGUAAUCUUAAAUUAGUGAGUGCACACCUCUAGAUAGCAUUCAUAGCAGGCAAGUAAAAUCAAGAAAGGAAGGGGAAGCUUGCUUCUUUGAACUACUUUCUCCCUGGACAUAAGUUUCACUCUAGGUGAAAUGUUAUUUUGGUUUGCCUCAGAAAUCACCAUGUGCAUAUUUGAGCCGAGCUUCUGGACCUGAUCUACCAGUCAGCAUUUCCUGGGAUUUCAGUUAGUUUCCAUCUUUCAUCUCGCUGUGAUGGUAACUUGACAAAUCAGUGAAACCUGAGGGUGGGUCUGUUUGCGAUGCAAUAGGGUAGAAUAACGGCAUGGUUUUCAGCCCAAAUUGUUAGCCGGGCCUUGAAAUUGUAGGUACAUCCAUUUCAAGGAGGAUUCCGUUCACUAUUUUUUUCA